CAUAAAACGCGAGCCACUAGCAUUUAGGGUUUCUGUCUUUCACUACCACUGAGCAUCACCUUCUCAAGCUCGCCGAAGCUUUUUCCUCUGAGCAACAAUGGUGAAGGGACGCCAAGGGGAACGCGUCAGGCUCUACGUACGUGGCACCAUCCUCGGUUACAAAAGGUCAAAAUCGAAUCAGUACCCAAACACGUCCUUGAUCCAGAUUGAAGGGGUGAACACGCAGGAAGAAGUGUCGUGGUACCUUGGGAAGCGAAUGGCGUACAUUUACAAGGCCAAGGUGAAGAAGAACGGCUCUCACUACCGCUGCAUUUGGGGGAAAGUCACGCGCCCACACGGCAACAGUGGCGUCGUUCGCGCCAAGUUCAAGUCGAAUCUUCCCCCCAAAUCCAUGGGAGAUAGAGUGAGGGUUUUCAUGUACCCGAGCAAUAUUUGAGUUAAUGGGCUCGUGUUGGUUUUGUUGGCUGCACAAAGUCUGGCGAUCCAGAUUCUUAUCGUUGUUUUUGGAUUAUGAAAACUUAUGUAAUGAGAAUUUCUCUUUUUCUCCACUUUCACUAUUCCGAGAAGACGUAGCUUUCUUCGGUGAGACUUGUGAGUUAGUUUCGCAAUAGCAUGUUUGCUUCAGAAUCUUUAAAUUUUGUGAGUUUGUUUCUUGUGCAACCAAUUUACUUGUUAAAAGCAAGGGAUAGUAAAGCAUCAUAAAUGGAUGCAAAUAUUCUUACUAUCACUGGCUAGCUCAGAUUUUUCUAUUUUGUGAUAUAGUAAGUCUACAUAGGCUACGAAAACGACUGCACUACUGAGUUUCCUCACAUCUAACUCUAUACUCUAUAUAGAUAUCCUAAAAGUGAGUAAGGGGAGAUUCAAAAGCUCAUAUAUAUAUUUUGUAUUGGUUGAUGUGGGAAGAAAUAUUUAAGCCUUCGAUGUGGGAUUGCUUGAAAACGGUGGCUUUGAAAGUUUAAUUAGAGAGCCAUUUACCAUGCAAUAUGUUAGUGAUGAUAGAAAAGGC